AUGUCGCAAGACCAGCCAGUUGAUGACCCGUACUUUUACGAUGAAGAUGACAGCAACAGCAUCACACCAGAGGACUGCUGGACCGUCAUCUCUUCGUUUUUCCAGGAGAAAGGUUUGGUGUCACAACAGUUGGACUCUUUCGACGAGUUCAUCGAGUCCACUAUUCAAGAGCUUGUUUGGGAAGACUCUCAUUUAAUUUUGGACCAGCCCGCACAGCACACAUCGGAGGACCAAUAUGAGAACAAGCGGUUUGAGAUUACCUUUGGCAAGAUUUAUAUUUCUAAGCCGACGCAAACGGAAGGCGAUGGUACUACCCAUCCCAUGUUCCCACAAGAGGCUCGUUUGCGUAACUUGACUUACUCUUCUCCUUUGUAUGUGGACAUGACUAAGAAGAAGUUUACCUCGGAUGACAGAAUCCGGAAAGGCAAUGAGCUUGAAUGGAUCGAGGAGAAAGUUGAUAAUGAAGAUGCGCAGUCUAAAGUGUUUUUGGGUAAAGUUCCAAUUAUGUUAAGAUCGAAAUUUUGUAUGUUGCGAGACUUGGGUGAACAUGAAUUUUACGAGUUGAAAGAAUGCCCAUAUGAUAUGGGUGGCUAUUUUGUCAUCAAUGGUUCUGAAAAAGUUUUGAUUGCCCAAGAACGUAGUGCUGCCAACAUUGUUCAAGUCUUCAAAAAAGCUGCUCCUUCGCCAAUUUCCCAUGUUGCAGAAAUCAGAUCUGCCCUCGAGAAGGGUUCGCGUUUGAUUUCCUCCAUGCAAAUUAAAUUGUAUGGUAGAGACGAUAAGGGUGUGUCAGGAAGAACAAUUAAGGCCACUUUACCAUACAUUAAGGAAGAUAUUCCUAUUGUUAUCGUAUUCAGAGCUCUUGGUGUUGUUCCUGAUGGCGAUAUUUUGGAGCACAUAUGUUACGAUGCCAAUGAUUGGCAAAUGUUGGAAAUGUUAAAGCCAUGUGUUGAGGAAGGUUUUGUCAUUCAAGAGCGUGAAGUUGCUCUCGACUUCAUCGGUAGAAGAGGUGUUUUGGGUAUAAGGAGAGAAAAACGUAUACAAUACGCAAAGGAUAUCUUGCAGAAGGAAAUUAUUGCCAAAUAUCACACAAGAGGCGGGUUUCGAGUCUAG